AUGGACUGCUACGUGCCCAACAAUCCGCAGUUCCUGGGCUGCUGUCACGGGCUCUGUUGCGACCCUUUGCAGCCCUGCUCUUGCGACCAGCUAAGGGAGCUACCAGAGGACUGCUGUCAGCAAGAGACCGAGAACUGCUGCCCAGAGAAUGGAGAGGAUCUGAACGCACUGAGCGACUCUAUCGCCCCGUGCGACGUCCUUGGCGAUGUGAACGAGCCGACGUGGCCGGCUGAGGACAUGGGCUCCUUCUCACUGCCUCCCCUCGAGCUGGACCCGCUGCCUUCACUCUUCCCCUUCUCGCCGUGCUCCGGUUACAACAGGAACAACGGAGGAGAAUGCAGGGAGCGGGGAGGCGGGGAGGCGGCGGACGUCCUCCUCUCCCUAAAACACGCCGUUGUCCAUGGCGACUGCGCGGCAGACACCGUGCACCCACAGAUGGUGGUAAACAGCAGUGGUGGCUACCCGUACUAUGAGCACUACAGCGGUACCCCCCUCUUUCCCACCAUGAGCGUCAACGUCUCUAUGAACAUGACCAUGCAUGGUUGUCCACCGGACCAACUCUGUUCUCAAGUUCAAUGGAAUCAAAACACAGCAGCACCAUCGGUUAACGUCGUCUACCCUCAAACACAAAAUGUCAUCCCCACUUCCUACCCCUCUGCCACUUAUUCUUUCACUGCGGACUUCCGAAGCCCCAAUCAAUCUGACCCUUUAAUAACAGCAACUUCUACAUUCAAACCUUUACAGUUACAAAAUGCCCAAAAACCAAACCCAAGUUAUUUAUUCCAACCAAAACCAAACUUUUCAAAUCAGAAGAAUAUAGGACAAGUUCUGAAAAGGUCGCCAUCUAAGAUGUAUAUGCAAGAAAGUCCGAAAGAGCAAAUGAGCAAUAGUGGGUACAUUUUGAAUCAUCAAGGAUCAAUGCAUCAGGACUACGGGUACACUACGUGUGUUAAUGCUUCGGGAAAAGUUCAGGUUGGUGCUUUAAGCGGCUGUUCAGAAGACGAUGAACAGAAACCCAAUUUAUGCAGAAUUUGCGGUAAAACCUACGCAAGACCGAGUACUCUUAAAACUCAUCUCCGCACUCAUUCCGGCGAGCGGCCGUACAGAUGCGGAGACUGCAACAAAAGUUUCUCUCAAGCAGCCAACUUGACCGCUCAUGUUCGCACACAUACAGGACAGAAGCCGUUUAGGUGUCCAAUAUGUGACAGGCGAUUUAGUCAAAGUUCGAGUGUUACGACGCACAUGAGAACACACUCCGGAGAGCGGCCGUAUCAAUGUCGGUCUUGCAAAAAGGCAUUUUCGGAUAGUUCGACAUUAACUAAACAUUUGAGAAUACAUUCCGGAGAAAAGCCAUAUCAGUGCAAAUUGUGCCUACUCAGGUUCUCUCAAUCAGGAAAUUUGAACAGGCACAUGCGAGUACAUGGCAACAUGUCCGGAGGAAUACUCGGCUGA